CUUGUCUUCAAUCCAAAACCUAUUUCAGAUUCUCAGGUACAUACCAUGGCGAGGUCUCCUUGCUGCGAUGAUAGUGGUUUAAAGAAAGGGCCAUGGACGCCCGAGGAAGAUCAGAAGCUGAUAGAAUAUAUUCAGAAACAUGGCCACGGAAGCUGGAGAGCACUCCCCAGGCUCGCAGGACUCAACAGAUGUGGGAAGAGUUGCAGACUAAGGUGGACUAAUUACCUAAGGCCUGAUAUCAGGAGAGGAAAGUUCUCAGACGAGGAAGAGCAAAUCAUCAUCAACCUUCACUCAGUUCUUGGAAACAAGUGGUCUGCGAUUGCAAACCAACUCCCAGGGAGGACGGAUAACGAGAUUAAGAAUUACUGGAACACCCAUAUAAGGAAGAAACUCCUCCAAAUGGGUAUUGACCCCGUAACCCACAGACCAAGAACUGAUCUCAAUCUCCUCGCAAAUCUACCUCAGUUUCUCGCUGUUGCAAAUCUUAACAAUUUGAUGGGCUCCUGGGACAAUUCUCUAAGGCUACAGGCAGAGGCCGCACAGCUAGCCAGAAGCCAAUUGUUUCAGAAUCUGCUGCAGGCGAACAUGAAUACCCCCACGCCUCCAAAUUCUAAUCCAUUUAACCUCCUGCGAUCAGCUUCCUUUCAGGGUCAGAACUUCGCAGAACACGCCGGGUCCAACGCCCAAUUGGAAGGACUUCUGAGUAACCUUCUUGGUCCGGGUCCUGAUGAUCACCAUACUCAUCACAUGCCUUCCACUACCUCUACAAAUUUGGGAAUCCAAGAGCCAUCCAACGUUAACGAUUAUAAUCAGAUUCUUGACAGCUCAGUUUAUUUGGGAGGAUUUGGGUCGACACUAUGUGACAGUAAUGGGAGUAGUAUCAGUGAUCAAAACUUAAUAAGCAGCUCGUAUGACAUUUCUGCUCUGGACAUUAUUCCUCCAUUGGUUUCAGUUGAUCCUAAAAUGGAAGCAAAGAGCACCCCUUCCACCUCAACUACCUUUGAUGCCUGGGGAGAACUGAAUCUGGACUGUGAACCCACCAAUUACUGGGGAGAUAUGAUUGACCAAUCAUCUUCGGGGGCUUGGCCAUUAAUCUCGUCAUAGCGCGCAUCAGCAUUAGGAUAAUGUUGGGAGACCAAGGAGCCAUUGCAAUCAAAUUAGUUCAUGGGUUUUACAGUAUUUCCGGGACAUAUAUUUAUAUAUUAAUUUAUGAGCUAGGUCCUAUUGGACAAACAAAGGACAUUUUAAUUUUCGUUCUAUUGGUUUCUUCUUUAUUAUCUCCUGAUAGAUGCUUUACUACUCCUUGAGUAACAAUAAUAAGAUUGUAAGCAUCUAACCCAUCACACUCUCUGAUGCAUGAGCAUUAAUUCAUAUCUUGUGUGGUUGAUGAUCCAAAAUAUGGUCUGAGUAUGGAAUGGCUAAGAAUAGUUUGGUCUGGGCAUGCAACUUUGCAUGAGAAUGGUGUUAGACAGUUUUG